UGGAGAUAAGCUGCAGCGAAACUUUUUGGAUACAUCUUUUUUCUGAGUACUACUGCUAUGAAAUUGAAAUCUACCAAAUGCGUUAAUUAGAGAUGAACGUCCGAAAAAUAAAUGGGAUAACAAAAAUCGCGAGAACUUGAAUCGCUUCAGUUUGUGUGCACGGUUGAGUUUUGCCAACUUUGUGUAGUGCUGUAGCCUAUCCGAUCUGUAUCAGUCCGUGCGGGCGCAUCAGCGGGAGCAGAGCAGGCUGGAUGUGGCAGGAGACGGGUCACUGAGCUGCAGAGAGCCGGGUGCGAGUUUCCCCCAGAACCUCAACUCUCCAAUGACACCGGCCAGGAUGAUGAUCAUUGGACUUCUGCUCAAUGUCUUCUCUCAUGGAAGUGUGCCAGUGUCUGCGUCCUUAGACUGUCUGGUGGCGGAGCAGGGCUGCAUCCAGGAGCACUCCUGCCUGGUCCCCUAUCGACUGCUGGAGUACUGUGCAGCUGAGGAGGCUGUGUCGCCUCUCGGUCCAGAUGCCCGAUUGGAGUGCCUGGAGGCCCAGAAUAGCUUGCACCAUUACCGCCCCCUCCAGGUUUGCAAGUGUCAGCGUGGCUCUCGCAGGGAGGAGCACUGCCUCAAGGUCUACUGGACAGUGAGAUUUGCAGCAUAUGAUGAGUAUGAAGUGUCCCCAUAUGAAGAACUGAAGUUGAAUCUGGUGAGGAACAUUGAGAUGUCACGUAUGGCCUCCAUCAUGGCAGCGUCUUCUCUUUCUGUGGAUGGACAAAACCAGUGUCUGAAGGCAGCCCAGGACUGUGGCCUGUAUGAGAAAUGUGGCUCCCUGCGGUCAGAAUAUGUUGUAGCCUGCACCAAGCGAGCAACAGCCUCUGACAACAGCUGUAACCGUCAGAAAUGCCACAAAGCCCUGCGGCGCUUCCUGGAGCGCGUGCCAGAGGAAUACAGCUUUGCGUUGCUCUUCUGUCCCUGCUCUGAUACUCUGUGUGGGGAGCGCCGGAGGAAAACUAUUGUUCCGUCAUGUUCCUAUGAGGAGAAUGUGAGAGGGGAGGAGAGAGUGGGCAAGCCCAACUGCCUCAGCCUGCAGAACUACUGCUCCAAAGACGAGCUGUGUAGAUCCCGCUUUGCUGAUUUCCAACACAACUGUCAGCCCUCCCCUGUGUCUGCCUCUGGCUGUAUGCGUGAGAGCAGAGCCAUGUGCCUGAAGGCCUACGCUGGACUCAUAGGCACCAUCAUGACUCCCAACUAUGUGAGCAACAGCAGCACAGAUGUGGCCCAGUGGUGCACAUGUGACGGAAGUGGGAACGAAUGGCAGGGCUGUCAGCGUAUCCUGCACAUGUUCAACAACAAUAUAUGCCUGCGCGGUGCCAUCACCUCCAUGGGAAUCUCUGCACCUCCUCCUGUGGAAAACACUCCUGCGCCAGCUCCUCAGACAUCCACACGCAUCUAUAAGGAGCGGGUCCACGUCAGCGUUAACACUCUCCCUGAAUUCAACAGCAUGGAGGACAGAGAGGAAGAGGAAAAACAGAAGGCAGGAAGCGAGGAAUUCAACGUAAUCCCACCGUACUCUGAGAAGGACUCUAACAUUGAAUCUGGGGCCACAGGGAGUCAGCGGGGAGCAGCUGUGCGAGUAGUACCUGUGUUUCCAUUAAUGCUGCUGCUGACGCUCAUCCUGGACUGGGAGUGUUGGAGCUACUGAAAGCUCCAUCCAUCCUCCUUCCCAUCCUGUGCUUACAUUUUACACUUGCUACCACUUUCAAAUCCAUCACAGCCCUCAGAACAAACCACAGAGGACAGAGUUGCGAAAAGAAAAUUGAAAAGCUACUUCUUAACAUUUCCUUUUCUUUUUUUCAUGGUCACAAUGCCCCACUGCCUCUAUUUUAUAAUUCUGUUUCUCCUAUCACUGCCUCCUCAAGAGUUAAAGAUAUUAGUAGUCUUGCCGUAUCUGUCAUGUCUUUGCUGGAGUCCUCUCCGGUGAAAGGAAGGGAACAACGUGAGCAGAUAUACAUGCAUGGUUGAACUGAGAAGUGCUGUCUGGGCAAAUACUCUAUCUAGAGUCUGCUUCACACUCAAAGUACAUCCCCUCUUUUAACAAGAAGCACAUUGCCUGAGGCCACAUUCACUUCAUGUGCUCCCAAAAACCAUAACCAGUCUUCUCUACUGCAACUAAGCCUGAGCAUGGCUUUUGAUUUCUAUUUCAUGACUCAUGUCACAUCCGUUUCUCUGUUGCCCCUUCGGCUCUUCCUCUCCCUCCUUCAUACUAUGGUUCAGUAAGAUAAUCCACUUUACAACAAGUUAAUAGGAGACUGCACCACUCUGCUUUGUACCAUUAAAAGUACUUCUACUUUUUU